GCCUAAUUAAGUAAUUAUACAGAAAUUUCUACAGAUUAAUACAUAAGAGAAUAUUUUAUUUCAUUUGAUGGCUGGUAACCAUAUAAAUGAAAACGUAAACAAACCAAAAGGCGCUAAAGAUAAACAAUUGAACUAACCAAAGAAGCAAGAACAAGAAUACUAAUUGGUGCAGCUGCUAGAAAGAAAAUAACUAUGGAUUCCGAUCAAGAUGAGCCAGUCAGCAAAAUUAUGAAAAAAGAACCCAGCGAAAUUGAUAUUAAAUCUGAAAUUACGGAAGCCAAGAAAGAUCGAGAUGAGGCGAAGGAGGUUAAAAUCAAACAGGAAGAUCGUGCAACAGAGGAGAUAAAUCGGGAGACAGAUGAGUCUGCUAUAGAACCUCAAGCACCAGUGGAUAAAAUUGAUUCACUAAAAAGUCUUGGACCAUUCAUAGCCGCACGGGACAACUCGAAAAACAUUGUUUAUUUUCAGGAUUUGCCAGAUACUUGCAAGCGUGAACCAUGCAUGUUGGGAGUAGAUGAAGCUGGCCGCGGACCAGUACUUGGGCCGAUGGUUUAUGGCAUUGCGUACUGUCCAAUAAGUAGCGAGCAAGUGUUGGUGGACUUGGGAUGCGCGGACUCUAAAGAACUAACCGAGGAAAAACGUGAGCUCAUAUUUAACGAAAUGAAUACCGCAGAUACGCCUCGUGCUUGUGUCGGCUGGGCAGUGGAACUGAUAUCACCCAAUGUUAUAAGCACCAGUAUGUUGCGACGCACCAAAUGUUCUCUUAAUGAGGUAUCGAUGAAUUCAGCCAUUGGACUCAUUCAACGUGCUGUUGAUGAAGGUGUAAACAUUGCAGAAGUUUAUGUGGAUACUGUGGGACCACCAGAAAAAUAUCAAGAAAAACUGAAAGGCAUUUUUCCACAAUUCAAAAUCACAGUGGCUAAAAAGGCAGACUCUACUUAUCCAAUUGUAUCGGCAGCCAGUAUCUGUGCUAAGGUCACGCGUGACACAGCUUUGAAAGUGUGGAAAUUCCCAGAGGGUAUAAAGUUGGCUUCAAAUAAAUUUGGCAGUGGUUAUCCAGGCGAUCCGGUCACCAAGCGGUUUCUCAGUGAAAAUUUUGAUAUGUUUUUUGGCUUCCCGCGUCUUGUACGUUUCAGUUGGUCAACUGCCGAAAAUGCGCUUGCGGACAAAGUAUACGAAGUAGAAUUUGACGAGCCAGACGAUCAAAAGCCUAAGUAUUCUGGGCCUAAGUUAACGCAAUUCUUCAAGGGAACCACAAAAACGGGCGAGGUGAAACGUAAGCCGUGCAGAUUUUUCAAGGAACGUUUUCUAGAUAAUGUUACUGAUUUUUAGUUCCAUAGACAUAUAUGGGAGACCUUAAAUGUGUAGUGUUUGAAAAUUGUGUAUUGUGCUUAAAAUAAAUGUUUUGCUAUUAAA